UUAGCGCCUGUAUUAAAUGCGUUGAUACCCCACAAACUCUCUCCAGUGGCUCCAAGCAGCCGUAUUGCACGCGGCGGCCACACCCCGGUAAACCGCGCUGAUGCGCGGGCUAAACCUGGAAGAGGGGGCCUGACACUUCAGUGAAAGGCUUUCAGCGGAUCCCUCCCGCAAAAGUGCAUAAAGUCUGCCCUGGCGAGAAAGGCAACCCAACGCAGACAUGCAACGGAAUUGGCGGACUCGGCGAGGCAGCAAGGCAAGGUGGAUGGCCUAGGGCGGCGGUAGAGGGCGAUAGAAACCGUCGGCCAGACACAACAUCUGAUCUUCUCUCCAAUCGUAGCGGAUUUCCGUUCCACUGGACCCAGAGAAGUGAAGACGAGUGUGUGCAUCUGUGUCCUGCGCAAACACUGCUGCACCCUAAUAUAUCCUGCGCACCUGACUGCUUCCGAAAUUUGGACUCCGAUUAAAUUAAGUCCUGUGGCGAUGGGUUGAAGUAGAGAAGUUCGGUAUGAUGUUUACUGGAUUUUGUCUGAUGCCUACACACAGGCGGCUCCGGGGGUGUGUGAUGCACCGUGGUCGCUUUUGCACUGCGCUUGGGGUGACAGUGUGAACUCGGCAACACCCGGGGUGACAAAGCAGCCCUAUUUAGGGAGGCACUGCUUUCCCUGCGCCGCCAGGGAGGGAGCUAGAAAAGGUGCUCCAAACAAAUGCUCACUCCACUAUAUAGGGAAGGUAGUAACCACGGCUGCCUCUACAUCUGAAAUAUCGUGGUCGACGCUACAAACGUAACAAUAGAUCUAUAACUUCUAGCAUAACCUUAGGCGCAUGGAAUGUCCGUACGCUUCUUGAUCACGAUAAUAAUGCCUGUCCUGAAAGAAAGACGGCUAUCGUAGCUCGAGAGCUCCGCCGCUUUGACAUAGAUGUGGCUGCUAUCAGUGAAACGCAUCUUCCUGAUGAAGGAGAGUUAACGGAGCAUGGUGGUGGUUAUACUUUCUUUUGGAAAGGCACUCCGGAGACUGAAACAAGAAGGUCAGGCGUAGGGUUUGCUAUUAGGAAUAACUUAGUAAAGCGCCUCUGGGAGUACCCCAUACAUAUAUCUGAUCGCAUGAGCACUCUGCGCCUUCACUUAGAAAAUGACAACUUUCUGAAUAUCAUCAGUGUAUAUGCACCUACGCUUGACAAACCUAUUGAGAUUAGGGAAAAAUUCUAUGAGGACUUAACUCGCUAUGUCCAAAGUAUCCGCUCUAGAGAGCAAAUGAUAAUUCUAGGGGACUUCAACGCCAGAGUGGGGAAAGAUUAUACAGCGUGGCCGAAAGUGCUAGGAAGACAUGGUGUUGGUAACAUAAAUAGUAACGGCCAACUGUUACUAAGUUUCUGUGCUGAAUUCGACCUAGCAAUUACUAAUACCAUGUUUCGGUUAGCUGCCAAGUAUAAAACAACUUGGAUGCACCCAAGAUCCAAGCACUGGCAUCUAAUUGACUAUGCAAUAGUAAGACAUCGCGAUCUAUCCCAAGUGCAAAUCACGCGCGUAAUGCGUAGUGCGCACUGCUGGACUGACCACCGCCUGGUUAUUACUAAAUUGAAGCUCUGUUUACGUGCUCCUCGAAGAUCUUGCAACGCUAAGUCCUUACGUUUGGAUUUAGAAAAGCUUAGAAACCCAGGAGUGAGAGAGGAGUAUCGGCAAUCCCUGGAACAAACGUUUUCAAUACUCGGAUCAGAUACUGUAGGUAUUGAUUGGACGAUCUUCUCUUCUCACCUUCUGGACACAGCUGAAUCCAUAAUAGGGCGUAAAGCGGCUAAGAACAUAGACUGGUUUGACGUAAAUGAUGAAUGCCUAAAGGCUGCUAUUAGUAGGCACCGAUCUCUUCUACAACAACAUACAGGCAAGCGGCAAGGGGAGUUACCUGCUAACAUCAAGAUGAGUGGUGUGGAGCUGCGCAAGCUCUGUCGUGAAACGAAGAACAGAUGGUGGCAGGACAGAGCACGUCACAUACAGUGGCUUUCUGAUACAAAUCAGUUCGGAGAGUUUUACUACAAUGUUCGUAGGCUGAUUGGUACCACCCCUCGCAUCAGAGUACCGUUGAGGACUGUCAACGGUGACCACCUACUAAAGACCAAGGAAGAGGUACUGAACAGAUGGGCAAGUCAUUUUAAAACGCUGCUCAAUGUUGAUUGA